AUGUCUAACCCGCCGGCGUUCCCCUCGCCGAAGCCACCGCCGUGGACUGCUGCCCUCGGCCUUGGCUUAGCCAUCGUCGGACCAAUAGUGGUCUUGCUUGCAUUAUUCAAGUUCAUGUGCAAGGCCAUCCCUGCCGGCACUGAACCUCUCGACCACACCGCUGCUUCGGCCGCUCAGCAUCGACGGCGGCCGCCACGGGAACAUCGCGACGACGACGGUGAGCAGCUGCGCGACCCCAGCUUGGACCGGCCGCCGCUGCCCGGACCGCCACCGAGCCUCCCGGCGUUCGCGUACAACCGGCCGCUGCAGAAAAAAGUGGCGGACGCCGGCGAGGAGGCGGCGGCGUGCUCGGUGUGUCUCGGUGCGUUCGAGUUCGGGGAGAUGGUGCGGUUGCUGCCGGUGUGCCUUCACCUUUACCACGCAGAGUGCAUCGACCCAUGGCUGCGUAAGCACUCGACGUGCCCGGUCUGCCGGUCCGAGACCAACACAGCGAUGGUGAUGGACGUCAGCCACUAA